GCGCGGGAUCCGUGACGUCACCAGAGGGAAGCAAUAAAAGCCUCCGCACCUGGCGCCAUUCCUGCAUUCCAGCCAGCGAGGACCAAGAAGUGGAAGUAGUGCACUGUGCUGGUGUAACGUACCGCUCCCAUAACUUCGACAUGAACGGACAGAUGCUGAACGGUUUCCACGACUCUCUCAUCGACGAGGGCAGCUUUCUUUUCACCUCAGAGUCCGUCGGGGAAGGACACCCUGACAAAAUAUGUGACCAAAUCAGUGAUGCAAUCCUGGAUGCCCAUCUAAAGCAGGACCCAGAUGCUAAAGUGGCUUGCGAAACUGUGGCAAAGACUGGUAUGAUUCUCCUUGCUGGUGAGAUCACCUCCAGAGCAGCUGUUGACUACCAGAAGGUUGUGCGGGACACAAUCAAACAUGUUGGUUAUGAUGAUUCCUCCAAAGGUUUCGACUACAAGACCUGCAAUGUGUUGGUUGCCCUUGAGCAGCAGUCUCCUGACAUUGCCCAGGGUGUCCACUUGGAUAGGAAUGAAGAGGAUGUUGGUGCUGGGGACCAGGGUCUUAUGUUUGGCUAUGCUACCGAUGAGACAGAAGAGUGCAUGCCCCUGACCAUUGUUCUGGCCCACAAAUUGAAUGCCAAGAUGGCAGAGCUGCGACGUAAUGGCACCCUGCCCUGGCUUCGUCCUGACUCUAAGACCCAGGUGACAGUCCAGUACAUGCAGGACCGUGGGGCAGUGAUCCCUAUCAGAGUGCACACCAUUGUAGUCUCUGUACAGCAUGAUGAGGUAAUCUGCCUAGAUGAGAUGCGUGAUGCACUGAAAGAUAAAAUAGUCAAGGCUGUGGUUCCUGCUAAGUACCUGGAUGAUGAUACCAUCUACCACCUGCAACCCAGUGGCCGCUUUGUCAUCGGUGGUCCACAGGGAGAUGCUGGCUUAACUGGACGCAAGAUCAUUGUGGAUACUUAUGGUGGAUGGGGUGCCCAUGGUGGUGGAGCCUUCUCUGGCAAGGACUACACCAAGGUGGACAGAUCUGCUGCUUAUGCUGCCCGUUGGGUGGCUAAGUCCUUAAUUAAGGCUGGCCUUUGCCGCCGUGUCCUUGUACAGGUUUCCUAUGCAAUUGGCGUUGCCCAUCCUCUGUCCAUUUCAAUCUUCCACUACGGGACCUCACAAAAGAGCGAGAGGGAACUGCUGGCUAUAGUGAAGAAAAACUUUGACCUUCGCCCUGGUGUCAUUGUCAGGGAUCUGGAUCUGAAGAAGCCAAUUUAUCAGAGGACUGCUGCCUAUGGUCACUUUGGUAGGGACAGCUUCCCCUGGGAAGUGCCCAAAAAGCUGGAGUAUUGAUUGUUAGGCUUUUCCUCCUCUGACCUGCUGGCGUUAUAUACAGAGAAGCCUGCAGAUUCCUAGGGAGGAAAAGUUCCUGUAUUAAGCUUUCCUGUCAUUCUAUUGGUUCACUGUAGUCUCCAGUGCCAUGUCCUGCUUCUUGUGGAGACGGUACCAUGUAUGAGCUUGUCCCCAUACCUCUUUGCUGUCAAUUCGUGCUUAAUAGCAGACAAGGCUUUCAUUUUCUCUUCCAGUAGCCUUAAGUGUUGUAACUCACGACUAAGUAUACUCUUCCCAGGCUUUCUAGACUGCCAUAGGUGCCACGGUCUUAUACUCUUCUGUAGUUUCCAUAUGGAUCUCUGUUGGGUCCUAGAUGCUAGUUCCUAUUACUACAACACUUCAGUUGCAACAUCCUGUGCAUGUCUAAUGUGCAUUUUAAGAAUUCCCUAUGCAUACAACUCAGCACUUUGCCAAGACCAUACUCAUAAUUUUCGGUGGCUGUAAAGCAGAACCUGUCCCUUUAAAGUGGCCUCUUAGUGCUGUUAAUAUCUCCUGGUGCCUGUACUCACUUUUUUUAUUUUAAUUUGAGGAAACUUCUUUUCAUUCAGCCACACUGCACAAGCUUCUCCCUGUCUAGUAUUUUACCUUCUGCGAGCUGGUGCUAUAACCUUAUUCCCCUCUGCAUCUGGCUGGUGUGGCUACAGAGAAACCAGCCCAGUGCAGAGCAGAAGCACCUGACUAGCAACAGGGAGGAAGUAAAGGAUCUUACUUGAAAAUGGAUGUUAACUGCUUUAUUUAUUGUGUUGCCAGGCAUGGGCGUAAGUACAGAGUAGCCUGUGCUGCAGGCAACAGUUUUAUUUUUAUUACACUUCAUGCUGUGUUCAGUUCUGAUACACCACAUCUCCAGGUACCUCUGGCAUGCUAAGGUGUAGUACAGAAAAACCUUAGCUGUGCCCUGCAGAGGUCCUGGCUUGUUAAUGUGUAAUCUCAUUCAGUUGGGGUGUCCCCUGCAGGAAUAAGAACACUAUACCAGUGUUGUACAGAGAAACUGGUGGUUUACAUGCUUGUCCUGUAGAGGAGACCCUGACUGCUAAUAGGUUACACUAACUCCUACACUUUUUAUAUUCCAUGUGUCUGGUUCUGGUAAAAUACAAUCACAGGAAGAUUCAUGAAUAAAGUAUUAGAUACUCCCUUUAAAA